AUGGCCAAUGAACCCGAACAUAUAACAUCCGAGAAUCAGUUUCAGCAAUUGAUCACUCAUUCUGAAAAUGACCCGAAACAAUUACAAAUUGCCUAUGAGGAUCAUAGAAGCAAUAGAAAUGCCCUGUUCAGAAACCAAAUCUGCCAACCUGGAUUCUGCGAAUGGAAAGAAGAUGAGAUCCUGUCCAAAGUCCUCGACGCAGAGAAGGGGUUGACAGACUUCGUUGACCCGAGACACAACCUUGCCUUUUGGGCACGCCCACCACGGCAUAUCCGGGACUUGGUCUACAAGAUCCAGCAAGAGAUUGGUCCUUUGAUUGGACCUGGACCUGAAAUCGAUGAAAUCACAUCUUCUCUCGAGAUGACUGGGUCCGUAGCAGAGCUGGCAAACUACACUCUCACCCACCGUGCCCGGCUGGUCAAACCAGUAAUCAGCUACGACACUUCUGCUAUAGCUCUGAGCUUUGUUCCCGCGGCUGGCGAGGAAGAUCGCAGUGUGUAUAGUGGGAAAGAUGAUCAGUUUACGUAUCACCAUCUGCGGAGUGAUCUCUACAACAUUGUGACUCAAUCUGGCUGUCCAAUUGCAGCUAGGUAUACCGUUCCUUCUGCGCAUAUCACUAUUGCGCGCUUUAUUGCACCUAGCAGUGCCAAAGAAGGACAGUCAGACUCCUCGAAAGAAUUCGAGAAGAAAGCGUCGAGUCUUAUUGCCAAGAUCGAGGAUCUCAAUCAUGAACUCCGCUCAAAUGUGUGGCGGAGAUUGGGGGACCCAUCUCAAGGGCAAUGGGUGAUAGGUCAUGAAAAGGGGUUGGAAUUGAUGAAGGGUCGAACAUGCGCCUACCCGAUAGGGCCUAAGCGAGUGAAAUCCCACAACCCAACAAUCGCACUUGCUCUCCUCCGACAAGCGACAAUCCAACGACCACCACCCAGCUAUCCGGCCAAGUCAGUCAAAAUGGUCAACAUUCCCAAAACCCGCCGGACGUACUGCAAGUCCAAGGAGUGCCACAAGCACCAACAGCACAAGGUCACCCAGUACAAGGCUGGCAAGGCCUCCCUCUUCGCCCAGGGUAAGCGCCGUUACGACCGGAAGCAGAGUGGUUACGGUGGUCAGACCAAGCCCGUCUUCCACAAGAAGGCCAAGACCACCAAGAAGGUCGUCCUGCGUCUCGAGUGCACUUCUUGCAAGUCCAAGAAGCAGCUCGCCCUGAAGCGCUGCAAGCACUUCGAGUUGGGUGGUGACAAGAAGACCAAGGGUGCUGCCCUUGUUUUCUAG